AACCGGUCUUUCCUCAAUUUUGCCACCCCAUAAUUUUCACCCCGGACGCGCUGCGCAGCACUAUCAGUUUCACGCCGACACUGUUUGGAGGAAGACCCCUCCAGUGUUUUGUGAACUACUGUGUGGCACGAAUGCACAGCUGAACGACAAGCAAACGAAGGCGACAAAAUGGAUCAACCAAAAGACGCCGGACAAGCGAACGACCCUUCCAAGGUAGAACCUGCACCAACAAAACCUAAUGAAGGACCUACAACCAAUAAGCCUAACGAGAACAAUGGUCCUGUUAAGCCAAAGAAUGAACCUGCAACUGCAAAGCCAAACGAUGCACCUGCUGCCAUGAAUCCUAAGGACCAACCUGCAUCAACAAAACCUACGGAUGAGCCUGCAAAUACUAAGCCUAACGGGGACCUUGCAACCUCAAAACCUAAAGAGGAUCCCAAAACAACCAAACCUAAGGAGGAUCCUACAACACCCGCAACUGCACCCGUAGAGAACCCUGCGCCAACUACACCCGUAGAGAACCCUGCGACAACUACACCCGCAAGUAAUCCUACUCCGACUACACCCGCAAGUAAUCCUACUCCGACUACACCCGCAAGUAAUCCUACUCCGACUACACCCGCAAGUAAUCCUACUCCGACUACACCCGCAAGUAAUCCCGCACCAACUACACCCGCAAGUAAUCCUGCACCAACUACACCCGCAAGUAAUUCUGCACCAACUACACCCGCAAGUAAUCCUACUCCGACUACACCCGCAAGUAAUCCUGCACCAACUGCACCCACAAGUAAUCCUACUCCAACUACACCCGCAGACAAGCCUGCACCAACUACACCUGCAGACAAGCCUGCACCAACUGCACCAAUUGAACCAACUGCACCCGCAGACAAGCCUAUACCAACUGAACCAACAAACAAGCCUGCGUCAACUGCACCCGCAGACAAGCCUACACCAACUGCACCAACAGGCAAGCCUGCCCCGACUGCACCCGUAGACAAGCCUGCAGCAACUGCACCAACAGACAAGCCUGCGCGAACUGCACCAACAGACAAGCCUGAGCCAACUGCACCAACAGACAAGCCUGCACCAACUGCACCAACAGACAAGCCUGCACCAACGGCACCAACAGACAAGCCUGCGCCGACUGCACCAGCGGACAAGCCUGCGCCAACUACACCAACAGACAAGCCUGCGCCAACUGCACCAACAGACAAGCCUGCGCCAACUGCACCAGCGGACAAGCCUGCGCCAACUGCACCAACAGAUAAGCCCGUGCCAACUGCACCAGCGGACAAGCCCGCGCCAACUGCACCCGUAGACAAGCCUGCGCCAACUGCACCAACAGACAAACCUGCGCCAACUGCACCAACAGACGAGCCUGUGUCAACUGCACCAGCGGACAAGCCUGCGACAACUACACCAACAGACAAGCCUGCGCCAACUGCACCCGCAAACAAGCCUGCGCCAAUUGCACCCGCAGACAAGCCUGCACCAACUACACCCGCAGACAAGCCUGCACCAACUACACCCGCAGACAAGCCUGCGCCAACUGCACCAACAGACAAGCCUGCGCCAACUGCACCAACAGACAAGCCUGCGCCAACUGCACCAGCGGACAAGCCUGCGCCAACUGCACCAGCGGACAAGCCUGCGCCAACUGCACCAACAGACAAGCCUGCGCCAACUGCACCAACAGACGAGCCUGCGCCAACUGCACCAGCGGACAAGCCUGCGCCAACUGCACCAACAGACAAGCCUGCGCCGACUGCACCAGCGGACAAGCCUGCGCCAACUGCACCAACAGACAAGCCUGGGCCAACUGCACCAGCGGACAAGCCUGCACCAACUGCACCCGCAAGUACUCCUGUACUAGCUGCACCCGUAGAUAAGCCUGCGCCAACUGCACCAACAGACAAGCCUGCUCCAACUGCACCAGCGGACAAGCCUGCGCCAACUGCACCAACAGACAAGCCUGCGCCAACUGCACCAGCGGACAAGCCUGCGCCAACUGCACCUGUAGACAAGCCUGCAUCAACUGCACCCGCAGACAAGCCUGCGCCAACUGCACCAACAGACGAGCCUGCGCCAACUGCACCAACAGACAAGCCUGCGCCAACUGCACCAGCGGACAAGCCUGCACCAGCUGCACCAGCGAACGAGCCUACCCCGACUGCACCCGUAGACAAGCCUGCGCCAACUGCACCAUUAGACAAGCCUGCGCCAACUGCACCAACAGACAAGACUGCGCCAAAUGCACCAACAGACAAGACUGCGCCAACUGCACCAACAGACGAGCCUGCGCCAACUGCACCAGCGGACAAGCCUUCGCCAACUGCACCAACAGACAAGCCUGCGCCAACUGCACCAACAGACAAGCCUGCGCCAACUGCACCAACAGACAAGCCUGCGCCAACUGCACCAACAGACAAGCCUGCGCCAACUGCACCAGCGGACAAGCCUACCCCGACUGCACCCGCAGACAAGCCUGCACCAACUACACCCGCAGACAAGCCUGCACCAACUGCACCGACUGCACCAGAAGACAGCCCUGCGCCAGAGCCUACAAUUACAAAGCCUGCGGCAGAGCCUGUGACUACAAAGCCCAAGACAGAGCCUGCAACUACAAAGUCCACGACAGAGCCUGCACUUGCAAAGCCAAAGGCAGGGUCUGCACCUGAAAAGGCUAAAGACGAAGCUGGUCCCGCGAAACCAGAUGAUAAACUGAAGAAAGAGGUGGGCACUCCUACGAAGGAGAAGGCACAGAAGAAAACGGAAACAGUGAAACCUUCGAGCGAUCGAAAGACUCUUUCAACUGUUCCGGAAGAAACCGAGGGGAAGAAUCUCGAAACCGACUCUAAAGACAAAGUGACAGAGCCAAAAGAAACGGCGACGGACCCGAAUGACACCGAAAAGAAAGUCCUCUCUACAGAUCCCGAAACGAAGGCAGAAAAGACACCGCAGACAGAGCCUCCGGAAACAAAUGAGAAGAGUACCGAAACAAAAAGCGAUCCUAAAGACAACAAAACAUCGUCUACAGUGCCACCGGAAAAAACUAACGCCGAAAUCGAAACAUCACCCAAAUCGGAGGAGAAAGAUGCCAAGGCCACGGCAACGGAGCCUGCCAUCACCGAUAACAAAGAUUUAGGUACAGAGAAGGCACAGCCGGAUUCAAAGGACAUAGCCACUACCAGUGACCAGAAGGAUGCCAAGAAUCUCAACACCACACCAGAAGCGAAAGUAGCAAAGACUACCGAGCCUGAGGUUGAAGAAAAACCCGACAAACAGACCAAUACAGACAAGACCGGGACGGAUUCCAAAGAGACAGCGACAGAUGCCCCUGUUGGCAUACCAAAGCAAACCGAAACAAAGGCAGAAGAAAAAGAAGGAAAGCAGACGGGAACAGAACCGAUCGUCAAAGCAGAUAAAGGAACCGCAAUGGAUCCACAAAAAGAAAAGAAGAAGAUCGCUACCGAGAAAGAACCUAAGGAUGACAAGGCAGCAGAAACAGAGAAGGAAGUGAAGGUAGCAAAGACUACCGAACCUGAAGUUGAAGAAAAACCCGACAAACUGACCGCCACAGACAAGACCGGGACGGAUUCUAAAGCUACAGAGACAGUUGCCCCUGUUGGUUUACCCAAGCAAACCGAAACAGAGGCAGAAGAAAAAGAAGGAAAGCAGACGGGCACAGAACCGAUCCUAAAAGAAGAUAAAGGAACCGGAAUGGAGUUACAAAAGGAUAAGAAGAUGAUCGCUACCGAGAAAGAAGCUAAGGAUGAGAAGUCAGCAGAAACAGAUAAGGAAGUGAAGGUAGCAAAGACUACUGAGCCUGAGGUUGAAGAAAAACCCGAUAAACUGACCGCCACAGACAAGACCGGGACGGAUUCUAAAGCUACGGAGACAGUUGCCCAUGUUGCAAUACCGAAGCAAACCGAAACAGAGGUGGAAGAAAAAGAAGGAAAACAGACAGGAACAGACCCGAUCCUAAAAACAGAUAAAGGUACCACAAUGGAGUUACCAAAGGAAAAGAAGAUGAUCGCUACUGACAAGGAAGCCAAAGACGAAAAGGCAGCAGAAACAGAAAAGGAAGUAAAGAAUGAAAAGUAUCUGGAAACAGACCUGGAUGAAGUUCUGAAGAAAGACCUGGCAACGGUUAAGAAGGAAGUUGCACAAAAGGGUGUGGAAACGGAUAAAACGCCUACCGAAAAUGUUGACACAUCUACUGAAGUGGAGGAGAAAGUUGCAAAGGUGGAAGAAACAGAUAAGAGGAAGACCGAAGACGUCGAAACCGCUACGGAGAAGGAGGAGAAGGUUGUGAAGGAUGCAGAGACAGUCAUGCCAGAGAAAGAGGCAAAAACUAAUGCAACAGACAAGAUAGAAAGCUCACUCAAGGAAAUCAUGGUCGAAAAGGAAAAGGAGGAUAACGGCACACAGACAACUCAGGAGUCGUCCGAAAAGGUCUUAGAGACCCUCAAGGAAGAGAAGGACGAGAAGACGUCUUCAACUGACAAGGAGGAGAAAAUGCCAAAGACCACCGAAACCGACAAAGAGGAGAAGGAUGCAAAACAGAUCAGUGUCAAAAUCGAGGUUACAAAGGUGGACCAAGGGACAGAUGCAAAGAAAGAUACUGAAGAUGAAAAGUGCAUCGAAACCGACGCGAAAGAGAAGCAAACGACAGUCGUGUAUCAAACAGAAGCGGAAAGUAAGGAACAGAAGACCCUGGUCACAGAGAAAAGGGAGGUCGUACAGAAGCAGAUUCUUACCGACCAAGUGGCCACAGCCGACGCAAAAACCAUCACAGAGGCUUCUAUAAAAGGCGACAAGGACUUGGCCACCACGGGAUUUGGUACAACAAGUCAAGGCUCACAAACUCAUAAAGACGUCACAGAUAAGACGAUUGCUGUCAUGAAAGAUUUGCAGAACAAGCUAUUCGGAACAGACCUCAUUGCUGUAAGCGCAGGAGAGACACAGACAGAGAUCGUUGAAAUUACAUCAUCUGAAAGUCAAACAGUAAAGGUGGUUGGUGAAGAGAAGGAUAUUGAAACCGAAACGGCUGAAGUUAAAGAGAAGAGCAUAAAGAACAUGGAGACGGACAUGGUUGCUGUUCAGGACAGUGGAACUCAGAAAUCAGGACCUCACGUGGAUCCAAAAGGCACUCAGACUGAUGUUGUUGAAAAGGAGGAAGUCAAGGUGGUGGAUUACGUCGCUAAGGAUAUCCAAACAGACAUCAUUAAGAAGGUUGGCAAGAAGACUGGUACUCCAGGCGGCAGGCCACGUGAUUACGCAGACACCCUGGUACAGACUGAAGAAUGGACUCCUGAGAAACAAGAAGAAAAGGUCGACAAGGAGAACGCUACAGAUGUCCAGCCUGCACCAGAACGUGAGACAGAGGUAAAGAUCAUGGAGACAGACAAAGCAAUCAAAGUGAGCAAGAAAACAGGCACCAAGGUAAGAAGCCUUGCGUACGUGGAGUUCAGAAGCAGCUGCAUCCAAACCGACGAAGAGGCUGUUGAAGAAAAGGUGUCUGCAGCUAUCGGCAUUCAAACAGACGUCGUCAAAGAAGAAACUCCGGCUGAGCCUGUGAUGGUUACCAUAACUGUUGGAUGCCAGACAGACACUGUAGUUGAGAAAGAAGAGGCCAAACCGGUCACCAAAGAAGAGCCAAAAGAGAUCAAGAAAGAAUCGGCAAGUGUAGCCAUUCAAACAGACGUCAUCAAAGAAGAGAAGGAAGAAGUAACGACAAAGCCUGUUACAGUCACCAUCACUGUUGGCUGUCAGACACUGCAAGAAGAAGUAAAAGAGAAAGUGGCAGUCGAGAUGGGCUCCGUUAAUGUCCAGACUGACGUUACCGGCUCUGACAUUGACGGUUGGCAGACAAGUGAAAGUGAGAGUGCCGUACAGGAGCAAAAGGCGAUCACAACAAGCGUGUCCUCACAAACCAUGAGCAAGGUGAUGAGUAGCCAAUCGUCGCAGUUCUCACCUACGACCUACACCAUUGGUGUGCAGUUUGGGCCCAAACAGGACUCGUUCAGCACCCAGACCAAAGCUCUAGAGACCAUAUCCCGAAGCUUGGAGACUCUGAAGGACAGAAAGAUGUACCGAAGCAUGGAGACCAUCAAACGGGAGCCUAGCAAAGAAGAGGUCAAACCCCGACCCGUUUCCCCAUGCGAGAGCAAUACAGAUGAAGAGGUGAUAACAGUACCACCUCAACCUACUCCAGUGACGCCUACUUACAUCAUCAUUCCUACGUCACCGCAACCGUGCUGGCCAUGGACUGUACCAACACAGUACGAGAGUUAUUCCUCCGAAGCUUCUUCUCUCGAUGACGACAGCUGGGAACGACGCUCCCCUCCCCGGGAAGAGGUAGUUCCUGUACAGAAACCUGCCGCAGAGAAGGAGUACUGCUAUGGGUGUCAGUGUGAGUUCGACAUCAACGACAAGCAGAUCAACUACAACGGUUACUACUAUCACGAGAUAUGCAUCCCGAGGAAGUACUGCCAUGCCUGCGAGGAACCCUUCCAGAAUGACGACAAGAGAAUCUACCACAAUGGACUACUCUUUCACGACAAAUGCAUGGUUUUGGUGGACGUAAAGGAGACAACGGUAGAGAAGGGAGUUGAAGUCUGUUCCGGAUGUUCUCUUCCAAUCAAGGAAGACGAGACGACUGUCAUGUAUAAUGGCUACGAGUUCCACCAGACAUGCCUUCAACUGGAUAUAAACCGAUGUGAGGCGUGCAAACAACCGAUGGAUGACAACGACCAAGUGAUCACCUACAACGGGGUGGACAUUCACGACUACUGCAUCCCAUUACUGAAAAGCAUGAUGGCAGGAGGAGAAAAUGGAAAUGUGAAUGGAAAUGGAAAUGUGAAUGGAAAUGGGUCUGUCAGCCCAAGCCAGUAUCCGGAUUGCCAGAUAUGCGGAACCCAGCUGGGAACUGAUGCAGUAGAAGUGAACGGGAAGGGUUACUGUCCCAAAUGUUACCCCAUGGUCCAGUACCCCGUCUGUAACGGCUGCGGGGAGGAAAUAAAAGGUCCGUCUGUGACUGGAUUGAACCGGAAGUGGCAUCCUGAGCACUUCACUUGCUCUGUCUGCGGGGUUCCUUUCGAGGAGCUGAACCGAGUGUACUAUGAGUACAACGGACGGGCCUACUGCAAGCGCCACUAUGACGAGAAUUUCCAGAUAUGUUACCACUGCAAUGAGCCAGUAGAGGGAGAACCCGUCGGAGUUUUCAACAAGUUCUGGUGUGAAGACCACUUCAAGUGUUCGUUCUGUGAGACUCCAUUCUCUCUGAAGUCGAAGUUCUACGAGCUCGACAUGCGCCCGGCAUGUAAGACGUGCUACAAGGUGAUACCCCGGAAGAAACACAGAAAGACGAAGUUGCCCAAACUGAAGUCAUCAUCAUCAAUGGUACCCCCAAAUACUAGUAACCCCGUAAGGGGCAACGUAGGGAAGUGAGACUGAGCGAUCCAUUUACUUUAGUCCUUCCGUUUUGGCGAUAAAGUGGAAGCCAGUUAAUUGCACGUCGGAUAAACGCACACUUCGGUCAAUUGCACGAAAUCCCCAAAUCCCGUAGCAGUGCGGUCCAACUGGGUAACUUCGCAUUAUCGCACACGCCGGAUAAUUGCACGGAAUUCGCUGGCAAAUUGGGUGUGUAAUUAACCGGCUUCCACUGUACUAUAUGACCUAUUACCCGUACGAGACUAUGAGAUUAAUGCACUUAUUUACCCUUUUAUAGGAAAUUGACACAACAAUAUUAGUACAGCGACUUUUAAAAGGUCUAUAACAACUACUUUCAGUACAUAUAAACUAUAUAGCUAUAGAUAUGAAUAAGUCAACUUGUUGAGUCUAGCGUGUCAUUUACACUAUUGGUUCUAAGGUAUAAACAUUAUUUUAUAUAUUUGCCUACGUGUACACAGUAAGGGUUAUCACCUUCCAGACUGUAGUUGAAUUUAUCUAUCGAACAGAAGGUAUCACAUUAUGUAUAGCAAAUGUAAACAGCUUUGUGCGUUUAUAUUAUAAUUAUAUCGUGAACAACCCAUAAUAAAGUGAUGCUCAUCUUCGAUACCUAUAUGUGCUGAACUGUUCAUGGAACCCAUUGCAUGCUGGGGAAAGCGGGGUACUAUGGGCGAUCAACAUGUUUUGUUUGUGAUUUUGUUAUAUAUUGGUAGGGCAGCUUUACUAGACCACUGAUAUCUAUUGGUUGAUAGUUGGGAUAAUUACUGCGUUGGCGGAUGGUAACCUUACCAAAUGUAUGUCAUCUAUAUCUGUAUAUUUAUGAUGGUAUUUUCUAAACGAUGACCUUUUUUGAGGUGGUGUAUGUGAUUUCUGCACGGAGAAUAAAGAAAAUAGUGGCAUUUAUCCUCGUAAUGGUAUUUCAUAUAGCAAUCAUGUAUUUUAUGUUGGGAAUAAAGGUUUGCUAAACAAGA